AUGACUAGUCCACCGGCAGCGUUGAAUUUAGAGUUUGAAAUCGCCCCAUUUUCACUGGGACUCUCUGCAGUAUCAGGAGCCAAAGUCGAUGAAGGACCGGAACUUAGUGGACUCAUUGGCAUUGAAGCAUCUGGAGACAAAGAUGGUGCAGCCGAUGUUGGUAUUGUCACGGGUGAAUCUGCUGGUGUUGCUGCAGUCGCUGGUACCGCUGCAAUUGCAGGAACUUCCGCUGCCGGUGGUGAUGAUUUGGGUGCAGGUGAUGGUGGAGAUGAAACAGGAGCCACAGGAGUCGAUGGUGGUGAGGGUGUUGGGGGUGGUGGUGAUGUUGGAGUAACAGCGGAUGGUGCAGGAGAGAUUUUACGUGGGGGUGAGACAACAGGAGGUGAUGAAGAUGGGGCUUUUGAUGGAGAUGGUAGUGGAGUUACAUGA